CAACACUAAGCUCGAACUUAAUUGGCAGGUGAUAUUUUUACAGAGCAAAAGUGCUUCCCCAUGACAGUGAGGCGGUGGUGAUACAGACACUCCCAUUGCUAUCUUGAUCCUCCUUGUUUCUACAAUUCUCUACAAAUAGAGCCUCACAGCUGAUGGUUAAGAUUCUCCCACCACUCCCUCAACCUUUUCCUUCUUCCUUCUCUCCCUCUCCUUUUCUCUCACACUGAUCCUUUGCCAUUUGCAGAGUGUCUGUGUGAGAGAAUUAUACACCAUUCUCUGCUCUCUCUCUCUCUCUCUCUCUCUCUGGCAUUUUUGAUUUAUCAAAGAUAAAGGCCCUGCCUUUCUAUCCUUCUUCUCUCCUGGAUUGGAACCACCAUCUCUAAACAAUCUAAAUUCACCAAAUUAAACACACACAAAAGUCCUAAUGGGUACUCAAUUUUCCUAUUGCAUCACCCUCCUCCUUCUCAUCAUUGCCAAAGGGGUCACCGGAGCCACAUUCACAUUCACAAACAAGUGUGACUUCACAGUAUGGCCAGGAAUUCUAGCCAGCGCAGGCAGCCCCAAGCUGGACAGCACCGGCUUCGAGCUCGCCAAAGGCAGCUCCCGCUCCUUCCAAGCCCCGACAUUCCCCCUCGGGCCGGGUUCUGAAGACUUCUAGGACGUCAGCCUGGUUGACGGCUAUAACUUACCUAUGAUCGUUGAAGGGAGCGGGGGAUCCGGUACGUGCGCGUCCACGGGCUGCGCUACGGACCUCAACCGUCGGUGCCCCGCUGAGCUCAAAGUCGACGGCGGCGGCGCGUGCAAGAGCGCAUGCGAUGCGUUUGGGAGCCCGGAGUACUGUUGCAACGGCGAGUAUGGUUCACCGUCCACGUGUAAGCCGUCCAUGUACUCGCAGCUGUUUAAGUCCGCGUGCCCCAAAUCGUACAGCUACGCUUACGACGAUGCAUCCAGUACGUUUACGUGUACGGGUGCUGACUAUACGAUCACAUUUUGCGCUUCUCUUCUUACAAGUGUAAAAUCCGCAACAGAUUCCCCUUCACAAACAACUGAUGGUUCAGGGUCGGAUUCCGGGUCGGACUUACUGGCCUCAUCAUUGCUUGCAGAUUUGGCCGCAGGGGAUUCAACAAGAACCCAACCUUCCAUGGCUCUCCGGAGCAUGUUGGUUUUGGUCAUCUCUUUGGUCCUCUCAUUUUCACAGUUAUCGUAGUAGACAGGCAGCCACUCAUGUCCCAAAUGAGUAUGAGUAUGAGUCCACCAUUUGGCAUCCUUGAUCUUGAGAGUCCUAGAAAAAGAAGCAACAACAACACCCACUUCCAAAUCCCCCCAUUUUUAGCGUUCAAUACUUACACAUAUAUUAAUAUAUGAAGCAUGAGCAUUUGUUUAGAAAUAAAGAUGUGCUUUUUUGCCCCUUGUUAUAUGUUUAAAGAACAAUACUGGGAGACCUAAUGUGAGGGACGGGGCCUUUGUAAUAGACGCCCCUCACAGUAGGUCUGACAAAAAAAUUACUUGCGACUCACUUGAACAAGCACUUUUCGAUGCAAACGUGUAGCGUGAAUAGGAAGUAAGUGGUGAGCAUUCAUGAUUGGACAGCAGUAGUGCUUGUAGGGGUCUCCAAUUUUGAUUAUUACAGCCUGAAGCCAAAAGAAAAUAUGCGAUUUCAAUUGAUAACGUCAAUUCU